AUGAAGUUGCAGCUGCCAAGUGCUAGCCAUAGCCUGCAGACACUGCUGCAUUCUGGUUAUUCAGAAGUGACUCAGUUUUUGGUCAUCACCCAGUUUUCUCAGAACCCUCUUGAGAGGCCCCUCACUAUACUUGAUUAUUGUCAACUUGGAUAUUUACACUGUGGAAGAGAAGAUAGAGGAAGGAAAACCAAUUACAACUAUGAAAGAAAGACAAUGAUCAAUAGUACUAAAGAAGCAGAUUUUCCACUAAAGCAAGAAGGUCUUUCUUCAAGUGAUCAUGAAAAGGCAAAGGCUUCAUCGAGCUCAUCCUCCCAAUGGCUGAAAUUGAAGGAUCCAAGGAUUGUUCGUGUGUCUCGAGCCUUUGGAGGAAAAGACAGGCAUAGCAAGGUGUGCACAGUAAGAGGACUAAGAGAUAGGAGGGUGAGGCUUUCAGUGCCAACAGCAAUUCAUCUCUAUGAUCUCCAAGAUAGGCUUGGACUCAAUCAACCUAGCAAGGUUGUUGAUUGGUUGCUCAAUGCAGCAAAGCAUGAAAUUGAUGAUCUGCCACCACUUCCAAUUCCUCCAGGUAACUUCACCCUUGGUUAUCCAUCUCUUGUUGCUUGUAAUGAAGUUAGCACCUAUCGUGAAGGUUCAGGCCAAAACAACAACACUUCAUGGAAAUCCAGGUCAGGAGAAAUGGUUAGUGAUAAGGCAAAUUGGUUAAAUAGAAGCGAAGAGGAUGAUGAUAAUAAUAAUGAUAAUACUAAUAGAAAUAGUAAUGACGGUGGUGAUAAUAAACAUUGCCAUGGUGCACAUGCUUUGCCAAAUAAUCUCUUACCAAGACCAAACCAUCCUUCCUUUUUGGGCUUGAUGAACACCAUGCCAUCUCUUGGUUACCAAUGGGAGCAUAAUUCAGGCGAUGUUGCUCAAUGGGAAAAUCAUGGAUUUGUUAACCAAACAGAUAUACACAGCAUUAAUGUAGUUCCAAUCCCAUCAACUUUGGCUCUAUCAACUGGGAGCACUACUCCUCAAAUUUUGGUGUGUCCUCCUGGAGCAACACAACCAUAUUUCCCAUCCCAUGUUGCAGCAAUGGACAUGAAUGCAAGACAAAUCAACCACUAUCAGAUGCUGACUUCAGGUUCUCAAAAUCUCUUGGCAAAUUCUCUCAGUUCAUCAUCACAACAUCUCAUGAACCAAUCUGGGAAAGUGCCAUUCAGCUUGGUUAGGCCUAAACUUUUCCAUUCUCCUAGCAGCAGUGAAAGCCAUCCCCGUCAUAAAGAUCAGGGUUUUCCUUCCAAGUGA